CCAUUCGAGCAAGUUGUGGCGAAGGAUCGACGGAGAGUCCCGGACUCUGCAGGCCGGAAAUCUCUUUCCCCCGGGAACGUGUUUGGACAUAAAACAUGCACUCUUUCCUCUUGCUCUGUCUGCAAUGAAAGCAGCUUUUCGGCUAGCGCUGAGACUCUCUCUCGCUGGCCGUGGCCCUGCCGGGGUUUGAGCGAUGAGCGAAGGAGGUGACGAGAAGCCAAGUCUGAGGCUGGAGGCUGCAAUCCAGAAACUAGAGGAUACAGUACUGCAUCCCAGAGCAAGCAGAGAUGACAAAGUGUUGACUGUGCGGGGUGAAGGAGAGAGAGCUGAGCCCACAACAGUGCCAGCCAGGAUCCGACAGAUUAUCACACAGAGCUUGUCUCAGCCUUCAUCCCAAGGUCUCUCGAAAGCAACCCCUCUAGUCAAUAUGCAGGAAGAAAAUCGCCUGCUGCAGAAGGAGCUCUCGCGCCUUGAGGACCUGUUGGCACACACCCGGGCAGAGAAGGAUGAACUGGCUAGCAAAUACCAUGCCAUUAGUGAGAGGCUGGAGCAAGCGGUGCGAGGAGAGGAGGAAGGAAGCGCAAUGUUCCUGCACAUGAGGCAGCAGUUCAAGGAGGACGAGAAGGCGCACAAGCGCAAGCUGCAAGCCUUCCAGGAUGGGCAGCAGCGCCAGGCCCAGCUAGUACAGAAGAUGCAGAACAAGAUGCUGCAAUACAAGAAAAGAUGUGGGGAACUGGAACAGCAACUGCUGGAGAAAACCUCCGAGUGUGAGCAUCAGAAACAGAUGCUGCAGACGAGAUUAGACUCAACAGAGUUGCGUUUACGCCGUUUUGAGCAUGACCACAGUACAGAGCUGGAGAGCACUCUCAUCCAUCUGGAGGAGGAGCAGCAGAGGAACACCAGCCUUUCUCAGAUGAAUGCUCUACUUCGAGAACAGCUGGACCAGAUGAAAUCCUCGAAACAGAGACUAGCAGGGGAGCUAGAGAAGGCAGCUGCUGAUGCGCACAUGCUGAGGAGUGAGCUGGAACAGAAGGAGUCCCAGUGGCACAAGGGCAGGGAGAGCUAUGCUUCAUAUUUAAGCAGUGAGCACAGUGGGAUCCUCCUGCUAUGGCGUCAAGCUGCCACACUCCGUGGUAACUUUGCAGAGCUUCGCACGACACUAGAAAGAGGUCUUACUGAGGCAGGGACCGACAUGGCAAGAACCGCUCGCCGCCUGCAGACCGCCUGUCUCAAUUUGGAUUCCAACCUGCGUCUCUCUGAGAGCAGCUCUGCUUGUUUGCUGGAGAAGCAGCUUCGGGAGAAAGUCCGUGAGAUGAUCCAGCUGCAGAGCCGUUGGGAUGGAGAAAAGGCAGAACUAAACUCCAGGAUUACAGAGCUGACCUCUUUAGAAGACAAACUUAAAGAACAGAACACAAAGAAAGAGAAGACCAUCUCUGCUCUAAAAAUGGACAUUCAGAAAUUGGAGGCCAGUAAGACUGGAGGUCUAGAAGAAGCAAAGGACCUGAAAGAGGAAAUUGAAUCUUUGCAACAUACCUUGAACAGCAUCACAAAGUUGGCUCUGUCUGAAUCCAGGAGCACAGGAUUCAUCUCUUUGGAAAGUGCAUCAGAUGAAGACACCACCUGGAAAACCUCCCCUUUACGCUCCAGCUCUCCUCACCACCAGCGGACAUCACCAUCUCGGAUACACUCUCCAUCAUGUCAGAAUGCGGCCCUACAAGCUGUGCAGGCUGCUAUUCAGAAAACACAGCACCGUGAGCAGGAGUUGCACGUGCAGCUGGAGUCUUGCCAGGAUGCCCUGGGAUCUGUCAAGAAGCAGCUCUCCGACUGCCAGCAGGAAACAAAGGCAGCAAAACAAGGGCUGCAGGAACAGAGGCAGGAAUGUGAGGAGCUGACCCGGACGCUGGAGGAUUGCAGGCGGGAACUGCAACGCUGGAAAUCCUCGGUGGAGGAUCUAGGAAGGGAGAAGGAGGCAUUGGAGGUGGCCACGGAAAGCCUGACUCAACAGCUUGAUUCUUCCCAUCUGGAAGUGGAGCGGCUAAAAACCAUGAAUGGAGAGCUGCAAAGACAGCGAAAACUCUUGGAGGAACAGAAGGAGGAUGCGAUUAAAGAGAGGGAGAGAAUGAGAAAGGAGCUCGAGAGAGGGCAAAGGUCCCUGGAGCAGCUUGAGGAAAGGAUGUCGGCCCUGAAGAAAGAGCUGGUGACUGUCAAGGAGUCCUUGAACCAGGCCAUGCUGGAAAAGGAUGUGCUAGAGAGUGCAAAGGAAGGCUUAAGUGGAGCACUUUCCAAAAUUGAAGCCACCAAUGCUGAACUUGAGCUGUCCAUACACAAGAUGAAAUCGGAAGAUGCUGAGCUAAGAGACUCACUAGCCAAAAUGGGAGCUCUGAAUGAAGGGCUGGCUCAUGACAAAGUCAGCCUUAACCGCAUAAUCCUACAGCUUGAAGAUGAGAAGAGUAGGCUGCUAAGUCGGAAGCGGGAGCUGGAACAAGAGCAAGCUGUUUCGCGGGAGCAGCUUGCACACUUGGAGCAGAAGCUGAUGCACAUGAGGGUGGAGAAAGAAGGGCUGGAGGAGAGCUGCCAGGCCUCAGAAGAGAAGCAGGAGAGAGUGGAAGGGGAAAUGGCCUUGCUGCGCCGGGAGAGGGUCCAGUUACAGGACCAAAUAAUGCAGCUGAACAGCCAGAAGCAAACUUUAGGUGAGCAGCUGGCCCAAAGCCACCGAGAGAUGGAGAUGCAAGCGGACUCCUUGCUCCGUGUACUACAAGAGAAGGAAGAGAUGGCUAAGGAAAAAGCGCAGCUGGCUGUGGAGCUCACUGCACUGGAGAGACACAGGAAGUUGUUAACCGAGGAGGGGGACACUCUCAGAGUAGAGAAGGAAUCCCUGGAAACCAGCCUUUUUGAGGCACAAGAGCUGGCAGCACAGCUGGAGGCUCGCAAGGAACAACUAGAAGGAGAGAAUCAGAGCAUUGACCUUUCCAGGAAGGCUCUCCAAGUGGAAUUGGGAAAAGCUCUUCAUGAACUUGAGCUACAGGAGACCUUGCUGAGAAGAGAGACAGAGAUGUUGAAGCACCAGCUGACUCAGGUGGAGCAGGAGUGCCAACAGACCAUAAAGACCCAGAAGCUGGGCUUUGAAGAGGACCUUGGGCGCCACCGAAAGGAGAAGGAGGCCCUGCGUCUGGCGCUGAUUGAGGAGAAAGAUGAAGCUGUGCAUCAUUUCCAGCAAGAGAAGGAAGAGCUGGUGUCCAAGUCUGAAGCAGAGAAGAGGGAACUUAUGGAGGAAAUUCUCACUUUGCAGCAGAACCGGGAUGAAAGCCUUCUCCUGCUAGAGAAUGAAAAACAGAAGGCUUUGUCCCAGAAGGAAGUGGAGAAGAAUCUACUUUUGGAAAAGCUCAGUGAGUUGCAGCGGGAACUCACAGUUGUCAGGUCAGAGAUUGACCGGGUGAAACUGGAAGCUCUGAACCGCCAGGAGCAGGAUAAGAACACUGUUGCCAGUAUCACUGGUGAGCUACGGACCUUCCAAGCACAGUUUGAGGACGCAAUGGCUGCCCAUCAGAAAGAGGCCAAGCGUUUGAAUGAACAUGUAAAGGAGCUGGCAAGAGAGAAGGAGCUUGCAGGGAGGGAGGCAGAACAGCUAAAAGCACAACUGCGGCUAGCAGAGGAUAUGCAUGCAGGAGUUUGCAAGGAGCUGCAUGAACUUCACCACAGGCUGCAGGAGUCUGAAGAAGCCCAUGAUCAUAAACAAAAGGAGCUGCUUGAAAUUCAUAGGGCGGUAGUAGAUGAGAGGAGAGAAAAAGAAGCGCUACAGAAGUCCAACGUUGAUCUACGAGCAGCUAUCAAGAAAGCAGAGAAUGAGAGGCUCAGCUUGCAGAGAACCAAGGGGGAGAAUGAGCAGAAGAUUGCUGUCCUGGAAGAAGCAAAAGCAGCCGUUGAGAGAGAGGUGGGGGAGCUCCGAGCAAAUCUACGGGAAGUGGAGAAGUCACGCAUGGAAGCUCGCAGGGAGCUACAGGAGCUGCGCAGACAGGUGAAGGCCCUAGAGAGCGAGAACAGCAAAAGAGCCCAAGAAACUAACGAACUACAGCAUCGGUUGCUGCAGGAAGAACAGAUGGAACAGCAGAAUAGCAAAGAGGCUCUGGAAAUGAAGCAGAAAAUAACUGUGUUGGAGAUUGGCCAAGAAUCUGCUCACAAGGAGAUCCUCAGCUUGCAGAAGAAGCUGGCUGCCACAGAGGCAGAGGCUCGGCUUCAUGAGCAGGAUUUGACACAGAGCCUUGCCGAGAGCAAUGGCAAAGAGAAGAAGCUGAAGGAUAACCUCCAUAGCCUGGAGAUAAAGCUGCAAGAAGCCAGCAGGACAAGUGAGAGCCUCCAGUUGCGCCUCAGCACCUGUGAGGGACGCAGUCAUGGCUUAGAAAUAGAACUAGCCAAAGCUGAGGCCGCCAAGAGGGAGGUUGAGCUGAAGCUGGUGGCACUGCACUCCGCUCUACGCCGCACCCUGGGGCUUGGCAGCCGGAGUCCUUCACCACAAAGACCCUGCUCUCCAGUCAAAGGAGCCAGUGGCCGGCAAACACCUGCCUCCUGUACUGAGUCCCCUGAGAGAAGCCGCUCACGUUCUCCAUUUCAUCCACCUUCUCCUCUCAGAGGUGAGCAAACCACAAGUGAAAUUGACCCGGAAGUCGUUCGAGAUGCUUUGCGAGGCUUCCUUCAGGAGUUGCGGGACACUCAAAGGGAGAGGGACGAUCUAAGAAUUCAGGUAAUGAAUAUGAGCCACCAGCUGAAUGAAAUAGAAUCUGAUCGUGACCGGACAAAGAGUCGUAUCCUGCAACUCCAGAAGUUCUUAGCAGACUGCGAGGAAGGCAAACGUGGAGCGGAUGGGCGUCUGAGCAGCGCACAGGGAGCAUUGAUGCUGCAAGAGGAGGCCAUUCGGAAAGCGGAGAGGGAGCGGCAGGCCUUUGCGGAACAGGUGGCCACCCUGGAGCGCAACUUGCACAUUUGUCAGGAAAAGAACAGAGAGCUGCAGGAGAAAGUCAAUAAGUUGAAGACCAAGGAGGCCAAGCUAGAGACAGAGAAGUGGAAACUAAAGGAAGUCCUGGAGGCAGCAGAGAGUAGGGCCACAAAGGUGGAGCUGAGCCGUAGGUCUGUGGAAGGAGAGCUGCAGCGGGCCCAACUCAGCCUAACCGAGAGGGAUGCAGAGAUCCGGUCACUGCAGGAGCAGGCCCAGGCUCUUCAUUGCCAGCUGGGAGACAGGGAGAGCAAAACUGCACACCUGCAGCAGGAGCUCGACCAUCUGACCCACUCACUGGCCAGGACAGAGGGCACUGAAAGCCACCUGAAGGACCGGGUGCAGAGCCUGUCUCAAGCACUAUCUGAUGCUACUGCGGGCUCCUCCUCCCUGCAAGAGAACAUCUCACAACUACAGAAGGCCCUGACUGCUGCAGAGCAAGAUCGUCGGCUGCUCCAGGAUCGCUUGGACUCCAUGAGGCAGGCAUUGUCCGAUAGCAAGAGGCAGAAUCAUAGCUUGACUGAUACAGUACAUUUGCUACAAGAUCAACUGGGUGAGAUGGAGCUGCGGUGCAGAAACCUGGAGGAGCAGAUGGAACAUCUCCAAGAAGUGAAGCAUGAGAAAUUCAGGAAGGAAGAGGACACCUUUAGACUGAGUCAGAUGAGGGGGCAGCUGGACCGGUCCCUGAACAGCCUGCAGCAGGAAAUGGAAGAUACCCUGAGGCAAAAUGAACGCCUGCAGGCCCAGAUUGCAGAGCUGGAACGGACACAUGCCCAGCGGCUGGCGGAGCUCACAUCCCAGCAUCAGCUAGACAUGGAGCUGGAAACGGAGAGGCUGCACAGUGCUCAGCUCCAAGCUGAACGAACGCUGGACUCUCGGGAGCGAAGCCAUCGGCAGAGGGUGAAAGGCUUGGAGGAACAGGUAAAGGCUCUGAAAGAACAACUCGACCAAGAAGUGAGGAGAAGACAAGCAUAUGUGAGCCAGAUGCUUCACACAGUAAAAUGAUUCAAAAGCAGACAUUGUGCUCUGAUCUAGGAUGACCAAGCUCAGAACCAAAUUUCAGCAGGAUCCUUACAGCUCAGGCCUUGGAUUUAUCUAUCUCUUGCAUUGGGGCACUCCUCGUCUGAUUGACGUUCAGAGAAACCAGAGCUCCAAGCCUAGCAAUGCUAGCAAGUAACAUUCCCCCACUCCACCCGAGUAGCACAUACCCUGAACACUUGGAAGGCACAGCAAAGACAGCACAAGACUAGGCAGCAUGCUGCCAAG